UAUGAUGAUUCUAUUCAUUUUUUUCAUUUUAUUCAUAUGCCACGUCACUAGUUUCCACGUAACUCAUAUCAGUGACUGUGGAACUGCAAGAGGUUGUUGGAAACUACCAAAUGGAUGUAAAGAUGCCAGUGACUGUCAGACAAUGAUGACGUGGAAACAUGAAAGAAGACAUUUGAUUAUUGAAAUUGAAAGUAAACUGGUGAAGCCUGAUAUGUGGCUCGGUUUCGGAUUUUCAAAAGAUGGUUUGAUGGGAAAUGAUACGGUAUUCGAAUGCCAAUUUCCAGCCAGUGGAUCAGGGAGUGUUCUUAUUUCACAUAACACAGCAAAGAGAAACAUCGUUUUGAAAACAGCGUCCGAACUUCUAAUUAGAGAUGGUUACACCGAAUUCAAUGAUGGAAAAGCAAUGUGUGGAGGUGAAUGGAUUCUCGAUAAUAUUCAUUUGGGCACCGAAGAGAGAACUUUGAUGCACGUAAUAUCAUCUGGUCGAUACCAUUUAUUCUUUGCUUAUGGAAAAAUGGAAAAUGGAGAGAAAAGAAUGCAUGGAAUGGUUGGAAAAGAGGCUCCAUGGAAAUCGCAGAAACAAGUUCGAUUCUGUCAACGAUGUUCGAGCUCAUUUGCAAAUGUUGAUUCAAGUGACGAGUUCAUUAAGAAAUUGUGAAUCCCUUUCAAAAUUGAGAGGUGAUGGUGAAAAAAUAAAUGAGUUUAAAUUU